AAAUCAUUUGUAGUGCAGCUCUCUUCUCUCUUCUCUCUCUCUCUCUCUCUCUCUCUCUCUCUCUCUCUCUUUGUGGAGGUGCUGCCAUGUAAUGGAGCGGUUAUAGCGUUCCAGACCUGGAAACAAUAUGAAGCCGCACCACCAUGCGCCGGCGCUUUUAAAUUCCAGUUCCGGACCAGCAUGUCCAUGCUCCACUCUCCAUACCAAGAGCAACCAUCCUUCAAUUCGGCGCCGUUUUGGCCAUCGGCACCCAUUCCUUACCAACCACCAGCAACUCUCCUUGGGAAAUUCCCGCCAAUUCAAUCUCUCCCUUAGCUCCCGCCGCUCUAAUCUUCCCCGCUGCUCCGCCAAUGUUGAUUUCGAUCAGAAUCGAGCCGCUUGGACGCGCCGGGCCGUCCUGCUCGCUCCUCCGUUCCUAGCAACCGCCACGUGGUUGUUGGGGCCGGCGAGCUCCUCGGCGGAUGGUGAGAGCUCCUUGACCCCAGUGGUGAAUGUUCCAGUGAGUCCUCCGAAGGAGGAGGUAAUUGCAUCGAGAAUCUAUGACGCGACGGUGAUUGGGGAGCCGAUGGCGCUGGGGAAGGACAAGAGCAAGGUGUGGGAUAAGCUGAUGAAUGCGCGAGUGGUUUACCUCGGCGAAGCCGAGCAGGUCCCAAUCAAGGACGACAAGGAGCUUGAGCUGGAGAUAGUCAGGAACUUGAGGAAACGAUGCAUUGAGAGUCAGAGGCGGCUUGCCUUGGCCAUGGAGGUUCCUUGUGAUUUGCAACAGCUCCUCGAUGAAUACAUGGAGAAAAAGAUAGAUGGGGAAACCCUGAAGUCUUUCAUGUCGCAUUGGCCGACAGGACGCUGGGAGGAGUAUGAGCCUCUCUUAAGUUAUUGUCGUGAUAAUGCCGUCCGUCUUGUUGCUUGUGGUGCUCCACUCUCGGUCGUGAGGACUGUCCAAGCAGAGGGUAUUCAUGGCCUCUCAAAGGCUGACCGCAAAGCAUACACUCCUCCAGCUGGUUCGGGCUUCAUCUCAGGCUUUACUUCUCUGUCACGCAGAUCAUCAAUUGAACUGAAUUCUCCUUCUCAGAUUGUUCCAUUUGGGCCAAGCUCAUAUUUAUCUGUGCAAGCAAGGGUAGUUGAAGAAUAUACCAUGUCCCAGAUUAUUUUGCAAACAGUGGCAGGUGGAGGAGCAAAUGAUAUGUUAGUAGUGGUGACGGGUGCAAGCCAUGUUGAAUGUGGAUCUAGAGGGACUGGUUUGCCCGCAAGAGUUUCAAACAAGAUGCCAAAGAGAAACCAGGUUGUUAUAUUACUUGAUCCCGAAAGACAAGACAUACGAAGGGAGGGAGAAGUUCCUGUUGCUGAUUUCUUGUGGUAUUCUGCUGCCAGACCUUGCAGCCGAAAUUGUUUCGACCGAGCUGAAAUUGCUCGAGUAAUGAAUGCAGCAGGCAGAAGGCGAGAUGCUCUACCUCAGGACCUUCAGAAAGGACUAGAUCUCGGUUUAGUAUCGCCUGAGGUACUGCAGAAUUUCUUUGACCUGGAGAAAUAUCCUAUUAUUUCAGAGCUUACUCAUCGCUUCCAGGGUUUCAGGGAAAGGUUGUUGGCAGAUCCCAAAUUCUUGCAGUUAGCUAUAGAAGAAGCUAUAUCAAUAACAACUACCCUCCUUGCACAGUACGAGAGGCGUAAAGAAAAUUUCUUCGAAGAACUUGACUAUGUUAUUACUGACACUCUUAGGGGAACAGUUGUUGACUUUUUUACCGUUUGGCUUCCUGCCCCAACUUUGUCAUUCCUUUCACAAGUUGAUGAAAUAAGUGUGUCUGAUAAUAUGGAUGCCCUAAAAGGUCUACUUGGGUCCAUCCCAGAUAAUGCAUUUCAAAAGAAUCUUGUUGGAAGGGAUUGGAACCUCAGUCACAGAUUUGCUUCAGUGUUUGUUGGUGGUUUGAAACUUGCUGGUGUUGGAUUUGUUUCCAGCAUUGGUGCUGUUGCCUCAUCCAAUAUGUUGUACACUGUACGCAGAUUAAUCAAUCCCGAGUUUGUUACUAAACAACAAACUAAAAGAUCACCAAUAUUUAAAACGGCAAUUAUUUACGCAUUCUUCCUUGGAACAUCUGCAAAUCUCCGUUAUCAGAUUAUUGCCGGAAUCAUAGAGCAUCGCUUUUCGGACUUGUUUUCUUCCCAAGCUUUACUUGUAAAUAUGCUGUCCUUUGUUGCUCGAACAGUUAACUCCUACUGGGGAACUCAGCAAUGGGUUGAUCUUGCACGCUUUGCUGGACUUCAAUCUCGGAAGGAUGAUACAGCUUCUUAUCAAAGUCCAGAUUGUCCAAACCAUGCUGCAGUACAAUGCAACACCUCAGAAGAAACUACUAUUGAUGAUAUCGAUAAUCAAUGAGAAUCUAUAGACCUCAACAAACAGCUUCCCGUUAUUGGCCACGCGGAGGCCCCAGAUGAGCUUUUUUGAUGUUUCUAUAGUAGAGGAUGUGAAAGGCAAGGAUAUACAUAUAUAGAAAAUGAAGGGAACAAGGAGGGUUACCCCCAACUUCCAGUUCAGAAAGGAUAUAGUAAAUGCCAAUCGAUGAAUACAUGAGAUUUUGUUUUGGGACCAUUUCACUAAUGGAUUACACAGAUGUUAUAGUUAUCAUUGAAUUGAUUUAUGUGAGUUCCCUUUCUCUUGGUAACUUUUUCCAAUCUAAACAUUUUGGUGUCUCCUAAAAGCUACUGUUUCAUGAGAGAAAA